GCUCUCAGUUUCCCUCUUUCACUUCUCUGCUUCUCGUUAGAGCUCGUCCUCAAUAUUUCUACAGUUAAGAAGGAAUACCAAAAGAAAACUCUCAUUUUUUCUGUUUCGUAUUUUGGUGAAAGUUUAGUCAUGGGUGUGGCAGUGAGGAGCCUUGUAUUUCUGGGUUUGAUUGCCGCGUGUCUGGCUCAGCAGCAGAGUUAUGGCCUGCCGACAAAUGACUUGAGCGGCAAUGGCAACAGUAUCGAUUAUGGAGCCUAUAACAACAGAAAUAGUAACGGUAAUGGCAACGGUAACGGCAUAGAUACGAAUGGUGGUUAUAGCAACGGGAAUGGAGGUAAUGAUUACGAUUAUUCUUACGAAAAUGGCAACGAAAAUGGUGGAUAUUCCAAUAACGCCAAUACCAACGGUAAUGGUAAUGGGAAUAACAAUGGCGAUUAUGGUAAUAACUAUGACUACGAUAACUACGACAGUGAUACGAAUAAUGGUAACAAUAAUGGUGGAUACAACAGUGACAAUGAUUACAAUUCAUACGAUGAUGGUGAUUAUAACAACGGAGGAAACGGCUAUAGCUCUGCCAACGGUGACUUCCCUAAUAAUAUUGGUGGCGGGGUCCCCGGCGUGGACUAUCCCAUCCUGGCUUCUGUCCCCUUCACUGGAUUCUCCUGCGGCGGAUUAAUACCCGGAUACUACGCUGACACUGCCCCCGAGGCCGACUGUCAGGUGUUCCACAUUUGCCAGGAUGGAGGCAGGAUCGACUCCUUCCUGUGUCCCAACGGCACCAUCUUCAACCAGCAGUUCUUCGUGUGUGACUGGUGGUACAACUUCAACUGUUCUAACGCUGAACAAUUCUACGACCUCAACGCUCUCAUCGGAGUGUUUAAUGAAGACAACAGCGGAAACGGAGUUAGAACCGGUUAUCCAUACAGUCUGUUUUUCAAUGACGCUUCCAACGGGCCAGGAAAUGUAAAUAACAACGGAUACACUAACGGUGUAACAAACGGAGGUGGCAACAGAGCUGCAGGUUAUGGUAAUGGUGGUAAUGGUAAUGAUUCCGGUAAUGGUGGUAAUAGUUACAACAAUGAUUAUUCUACUGAUUACGGUAAUGGUAAUGAUAUUGAUUACGAUUAUGGUGGUAAUGGAAAUGAUUAUAGCACCAAUAAUGGUAACGGUUAUGGAAAUGAUUACAAUAAUGGUGGCAAUGGUAAUAGUAAUGACUACACCUCUGAUUAUAAUAACAACAAUAAUGGUAAUGGAAAUAACUACACCGCCAAUUACAGUAAUGGAGGCAGAUACACCAAUGGUAACAGUAAUGGUCCUAAUGCUAAUGGGGAUAGCUUCACGGGUAUCAGCGGGAGUUAUGAUAUCACCGAGAAUGGUAUCAACUACGUGCCCGGUAAAAGCGCUACUCAGCCAGCCACCCCAAAUAAUCUGUACAAAUCACCAAGCUUCUUCGCCAUAUAAGCUUCAUCCUCAAGUCAUGAAGCUGUAGGCUCUUGGCUUCACCUAUCGCUAACUUUUUCUUUAACAAUUAUGAACUUUUGUAGUGAAAUUAGUGAGAGUUUUGCGGUAUACAUUCCUAAGUAAACAUAGGUUACAGUUGUAAGUUAUCGAUCCUGACAUCACAGGAUAACGCCGUAGACACCAGAUUGUACUUUAGUCUUGGUCGAAGUAGAGUUGAUGACGGCUGUAGUGCUUGUGUUGACUUUAUCUGUUAUCGUCUUCACUAACUCAACUUGCGCUGUCUUGUGUUAUCUAGUCUUCUUAUAUAUAUCCAAAGUCUCGUAUUUUAAUGCUUUUAUUGAAGGAAUACUUGAGGAAAUUUGUGUUUAUAAAUGUUUUCCUUUGUUUUAGUAUCGCUAAUGUUUACAAAUGUUGGGAACUUUAGGUGUUGUAUUGACUUGAUUGAUCACAUUAAUGUUCAUCCCAGACAAUCAUACGAGACACUUGUGUAUUAAGUCAUUGGUCUCCUAACAUAAAUACCUAUAACUACUGAUAUAUUCUUUGAGGAAUUAUCUUCAGUUUGUUCUUGUUUUAUCUUACUUGUUCUUGUCUUUGUUUUAUGUCACGUGUGUUUUUGUUGUACGUGUUGUGCUGACUGUUCCUCACCUGUCCCGGCAGUGUUAAUGCUAUUGUAACACUGUUCACAUGUUCAGGGAUUUAGUGUGUGUAUGUAUGUAUGUGUGCGUGUGGGUGUGCGUGUGUGUGUGUGUGUGUGUGUUUAAAAUACUUAGAUACUUGUGUUAUGUCUUUGAUAGAUACUAAUACACCUGAUUAUAUUUUUAUAUCUAAAUAAUUUUAUGUACAAAUGGAAGAUAUAUAUCUAUAUAUAUAAUAAAGAUACAAAAGAU